AUGUGUCCUGUCAUGUCCUGGCUGCUCUGCCUGUGCCUCUGGGUCAGUGUGACGGCCAUCCAGCUGUGUCAGGCCACUUUCUACGACACCAUCCAGCAGCAUCAUGGGACGCGGCCCGGACGAACCACCAUCCACAUGAUCGAGGGGGGCACAUGUGAAGUGAUCGCUGCUCACAGAUGCUGUAAUAAGAAUCGAAUUGAGGAGCGGUCGCAGACGGUCAAGUGCUCUUGUCUCCCGGGGAAGGUGGCUGGAACCACGAGAAACAGGCCUUCAUGUGUAGACGCAUCCAUAGUAAUUGGGAAGUGGUGGUGUGAGAUGGAGCCUUGCCUGGAGGGGGAGGAAUGCAAGACGCUACCUGACAACUCAGGCUGGAUGUGCUACGCCGGCAACAAGAUCAAAACCACAAGGAACACUCAGCCAUACACGACAUCAACAUAUUAACACUCGGCAGAAAAGAUGCAAGGGAACGCCUCUGCUGCGAAGGUUAAUCUGCAGCAUUGUCACAGGACCAAUUAUAACAAAGACAAUGAACCUAUUGUUGCUUUAAGAAACAUGAACACUUCCCUGAUUAAAGUGUAAAAAGAUGUAGAAUACAUAAAGCACAUCCCUGCUCGAGGCUACUGAAAAUACUGAGGCUCCAAGCUGUCUGCGGGGAACUUCAUCAUAACCUUGUAAUGAAUAGAUUUUCAUCAUUUCCUUCCAACUCUGAGAUGGAGACGAGUCUGUGCAUUUGGAUUAUUAUCUGGAGAGCAUCUGACGUCUCUUCCUCAGACAUCAGCGAGACAGAUGUGCGGCACAAAGCGGCAAACAGGAGACGAAUACAUCAAAGGACACUGGGAUGAGCGAGUACUGUAGUUGACAGCCCUCAGGA